AUGGCGAGGACUGUGAGGGGCGUGAGGUGUGGUCAGAUGGGUCGGGUCGACAGCUCACAACCCUCCCGCAGCACCGACGUCUACAAGAAAUGGCGCUCGACCAUUGACCAGCACGAGGGCGGCCUCGACAAGUUCUCGCGCGGCUACGACCACUUUGGCCUCCACCAGCUCAACAACGGCGACAUCCGCUACCGCGAGUGGGCCCCGAACGCCACCUCGGCCGCGCUCACGGGCGACUUCAACGGCUGGAACCGCGAGGCGAACCAGAUGACCAAGGACUCGUUCGGCGUGUGGGAGUGCGUCGUGCCCGCCGUCGCCGGCAAGCCCGCCAUCCCGCACAACUCCAAGAUCAAGAUCUCGAUGACGACCCCGAGCGGCGAGCGCAUCGAGCGCCUCCCCGCCUGGGCCAAGCGCGUCGUCCAGGACGUCAAGGUGUCGCCCAUCUACGACGCCGUCUUCUGGAACCCGCCCAAGGCCGACAAGUACACGUUCAAGAACCGCAAGCCCAAGGCGCCAAAGGCGGUCAAGGUCUACGAGGCGCACGUCGGCAUCUCUACGCCCGAGCCCAAGAUCGGCUCGUACCGCGAGUUCACGCGCGACGUCCUGCCGCGCAUCGCCGACCUCGGGUACAACACGAUCCAGCUCAUGGCCAUCAUGGAGCACGCCUACUACGCCUCGUUCGGGUACCAGAUCACGAGCUUCUUUGCCAUCAGCAGUCGCUACGGCACGCCCGAGGAGCUCAAGGAGCUGAUCGACACGGCGCACGGCCUCGGCCUCACGGUCCUCCUCGACGUCGUCCACUCGCACGCGAGCAAGAACGUCGCCGACGGCCUGAACCAGUUUGACGGCAGCGACCACCAGUACUUCCACGGCGGCGCAAAGGGCCAGCACGAGCUGUGGGACUCGCGCCUGUUCAACUACGGCCACCACGAGGUCCUGCGGUUCCUCCUGUCCAACCUGCGCUUCUACCUCGAGGAGUACCAGUUCGACGGCUUCCGGUUCGACGGCGUCACGAGCAUGCUGUACACGCACCACGGCAUCGGCACCGGCUUCUCGGGCGGCUACCACGAGUACUUUGGCGCCAACGUCGACGAGGAGGCCGUCGUCUACCUCAUGCUUGCCAACACGAUGCUGCACGAGCUGUACCCCGAGUGCAUCUCGAUCGCCGAGGAUGUGUCGGGCAUGCCGGCCCUGUGCCGCACCGUCGCCGACGGCGGCCUCGGGUUCGACUACCGCCUCGCCAUGGCCAUCCCCGACAUGUGGAUCAAGCUUCUCAAGGACGGGCCGGGCGACGAGGCGUGGGACCUCGGCAACAUCUGCUUUACGUUGACGAACCGGCGCUGGCGCGAAAAGACGAUCGCGUACGCCGAGAGCCACGACCAGGCGCUCGUCGGCGACAAGACGCUCGCGUUCUGGCUCAUGGACAAGGAGAUGUACACCAACAUGAGCGACCUCACCGAGCGCACGCCCGUCAUCGACCGCGGCCUCGCCCUCCACAAGAUGAUCCGCCUCAUCACGCACGCGCUCGGCGGCGAGGGCUACCUCAACUUUGAGGGCAACGAGUUUGGCCACCCCGAGUGGCUCGACUUCCCGCGUGUCGGCAACGGCGAGUCGUACCAGUACGCGCGGCGCCAGUUCAACCUCAUCGGCGACGACCUGCUGCGGUACAAGUACCUGUACGCGUUCGACCGCGCCAUGAACCGCACCGAGACCGAGUACGGGUGGCUCAGCGCCGACCAGGCCUACAUCAGCCUCAAGAACGAGUCGGACAAGGUCGUCGUGUUUGAGCGCGGCAACCUCCUGUGGGUGUUUAACUUCCACCCGACGCAGUCGUUUACCGACUACCGCGUCGGGACCGACUGGGCGGGCGAGUACCGCGUCGUGCUCUCGAGCGACGACAAGGAGUUUGGCGGUCACGCCAACAUCGACAAGGCCGUCAAGCACUUUACGACCCCGAUGGAGUGGAACGGGCGCAAGAACUUUAUGCAGCUCUACCUCCCGAGCCGCACGGUCCAGGUCCUCGCCCACUGAGAGGCCUCUCUCUCUCGUUCUCUCCCUCUCUCGCAACCCCUCUCUGUACCCUAGAAACUCUCUCUCGCUCGCCCUCUCCUCUCUGUGCCGCAAAAAAAAGUCAGUUUCAACCCCUCCCUCCUUCGUCUCUCCUCGCACACUCGUAGUCGAGGCCUGCAACACUCUCUUUCGCAGCACGUG